CCGCUCCGACGCCAGCGGCGGCGCGCGCCCACCCGCGGAACUACAGAGCGUGGUGCGCAGCGCGCGAGGCUCUUCCGCCUCGCCUUCCCUCCCCGCCCGCGCGCCCGCCCCAGUUAUCAUGGCGGCUCCCUUGGCCCUGGUGCUGGUGGUGGCUGUGACAGUGCGGGCGGCCUUGUUCCGCUCCAGUCUGGCCGAGUUCAUUUCCGAGCGGGUAGAGGUGGUGUCCCCACUGAGCUCUUGGAAAAGAGUGGUUGAAGGCCUUUCACUGUUGGACUUGGGAGUAUCUCCGUAUUCUGGAGCAGUAUUUCAUGAAACUCCAUUAAUAAUAUACCUCUUUCAUUUCCUAAUUGACUAUGCUGAAUUGGUGUUUAUGAUAACUGAUGCACUCACUGCUAUUGCCCUGUAUUUUGCAAUCCAGGACUUCAAUAAAGUUGUGUUUAAAAAGCAGAAACUCCUCCUAGAACUGGACCAGUAUGCCCCAGAUGUGGCCGAACUCAUCCGGACCCCUAUGGAAAUGCGUUACAUCCCUUUGAAAGUGGCCCUGUUCUAUCUCUUAAAUCCUUACACGAUUUUGUCUUGUGUUGCCAAGUCUACCUGUGCCAUCAACAACACCCUCAUUGCUUUCUUCAUUUUGACUACGAUAAAAGGGAGUGCUUUCCUCAGUGCUAUUUUUCUUGCCUUAGCGACAUACCAGUCUCUGUACCCACUCACCUUGUUUGUCCCAGGACUCCUCUAUCUCCUCCAGCGGCAGUACAUACCUGUGAAAAUGAAGAGCAAAGCCUUCUGGAUCUUUUCUUGGGAGUAUGCCAUGAUGUAUGUGGGAAGCCUAGUGGUAAUCAUUUGCCUCUCCUUCUUCCUUCUCAGCUCUUGGGAUUUCAUCCCCGCAGUCUAUGGCUUUAUACUUUCUGUUCCAGAUCUCACUCCAAACAUUGGUCUUUUCUGGUACUUCUUUGCAGAGAUGUUUGAGCACUUCAGCCUCUUCUUUGUAUGUGUGUUUCAGAUCAACGUCUUCUUCUACACCAUCCCCUUAGCCAUAAAGCUAAAGGAGCACCCCAUCUUCUUCAUGUUUAUCCAGAUCGCUGUCAUCGCCAUCUUUAAGUCCUACCCGACAGUGGGGGAUGUGGCACUCUACAUGGCCUUCUUCCCCGUGUGGAACCAUCUCUACAGAUUCCUGAGAAACAUCUUUGUCCUUACCUGCAUCAUCAUCGUCUGUUCCCUGCUCUUCCCUGUCCUGUGGCACCUCUGGAUUUAUGCAGGAAGUGCCAACUCUAAUUUCUUUUAUGCCAUCACACUGACCUUCAACGUUGGGCAGAUCCUGCUCAUCUCUGAUUACUUCUGUGCCUUCCUGCGGCGGGAGUACUACCUCACACAUGGUCUCUACUUGACCGCCAAGGAUGGCACAGAGGCCAUGCUCGUGCUCAAGUAGGCCUGGCUGGCACAGGGCUGCGUGGACCUCAGGGGGCUGAGGGGCCAGAAGCUGGGCCGAGCCCUCCAGCCAGAGUUGCCAGCAGGCGAGUGCUUGGGCAGAAGAGGUUCGAGUCCAGGGUCACAAGUCUCUGGUACCAAAAGAGACCCAUGGCUGACAGCAAGGCCUAUGGGGAAGAACUGGGAGCUCCCCAACUUGGACCCCCACUUCGUGGCUCUGCACACCAAGGAGCCCCCUCCCAGACAGGAAGGAGAAGAGGCAGGUGAGCAGGGCUUGUUAGAUUGUGGCUACUUAAUAAAUGUUUUUUGUUAUGAAGUCUA